UCCUAUGGAGACGCUAACAGCAGCAAAGGAAGAAGCGGAGGCGGUUUUGUGGUUGCUUCCCGACCCGAACCAUAAAGCUCAUUAAAGCCAGGACGUGAAAAUGGGGCAGUACGUGUUUUCCGAGAUGAAUCCGUAUUUAUAAUCUGGAUUACGGACAUGUGGAUCCAAAAAUGGAAACCUAGAAGCAAGGGAAGAACAGCUCUGAAACUGACGAAGUCGUCCCUGUCCAAAGCACCAUCGUCCAAGCUCCGAUGGUCAACGAUCAUUGCUUUGACAAGGACUUCGCUACACCAUCCACCCCGUAACAAAUAGAAAUGCAAACCAGAAAGUAAUAGCAGCAAAAUGAAGAAUAAAUACAGGAUUGUAUUUUGUUGAAUUCAUAGACAUUCAAGAUUAAAUUGCAGUAGAUAUGUUAAAAGAAAAACAUUAGGAAAAAUAACAAACAAGUGCAUAACAGAAUUUAUAGCCAAUUCUAGCUUAUUUCUUCCCUUUAAGUAGCAGCUCCUAAUUCCCAAGCACAUACCCCUAUGCUGACUUACGCAGCGUUUUUAGUGGCGUUUAGAUGGAAAAUGCCUCAAAUAUUAUACAUUAGUGGCGCUAACGGAAAAACGCCGCAAUAGGUAAAACAGUAGCGGCGUUUAUGAGAAAAACACUGCAAAAGGUAAGCAAUAGCGACAUUUAUGGUAAAAAAGCCCAAAAAGUAAGCAAUAGCGGUGUUUGGGCUAAAAAUGCCACAAAAGGUUUUUUACUUUUGAUUGAAACGGCGCCGUUUUUCACAAAGAUAUCAUCUCCCACGCACGAAUUAUUUUCUUUCUCAGUCUUUUCUUUGCUUGAAACCCCAAAAUCCUUUCCCUUUUCUUUCCCAGAUUUCUCUUUGCUUGAAACCCCAAAAUCCGGUCCCUUUUCUUUCUUAGUCUUUUCGUUGCUUGAAAAAAAAUACAUACCUUGUUCUUCUAUUUUAGCUGCUCCUCACAUUGAAGAAAAUAUCAGUCUUUUCUCAGUCUCAAUCGACAUUGUCUCAGGGAACUGGAGGAGAAAAGCCAGUUGCAGCACAACUUGCGGCAGCUAUGCAACGAACCGUGAAAAUAUCAGUUGUCUGCUCGGCUAGAGAUAGGUAAUUUCUUCUUCUGCACUAUUUCUUUUUGUUCAAAAUAUUUGGUUAAAAGUUUCCUCACAUUGACAUCUAAUUUACCUUACUAUCCUUUUAUCCUAGCUACCAUCUUCUUCUUGCUUUCCAGCUUGCUAUUGGUUUUACACUAUUUUCUUUUGGGAAAAAGAAGGCAGGGCUUGGGUCUUUUGUGGUGUUAUAAAUGAUGUAGACUGCAGCGAUCUUGUCUAGUUGGGUUCGAUCUUCAAACCUCAGUUUUAAGUGUUACUAAUGCAUCUUUGAAAUAAAUUUGAAAAUAUCUUAUUUUCAGGUUCGAGUAUGGUAAGAUUGAUAAUUCAAUAUUUAUCAUCAUUCCAGGUCUGUGGCGUCUUAAUUACUAUGAGCAAUGUUGAAUGUGAAAUUCUAUUUUUCCCUUUUGCUUUUGUUUUUAUCUUGGU